GGUUGAAGUGAGGUGGGGAAAAGAAAUCAUCAUUUGGUUAGCUAGCUGCUAGCUGCAUGUAGCCGACUGUCGAGGUGUUAUGAGCCUGGUGGUCGAAAUCAAUAGGUUGUUUUAGUUUUAAUAGUCGCAACGAUGACCCUCUAACAACAAGAAUGGACAUAAGUUAACAAUGACGGGGGAGAAAAAGAAGAAGAAGCGGCUGAACCGCAGCAUUCUUCUUGCAAAGAAAAUUAUAAUAAAAGAUGGAGGAAGUCCUCAGGGAAUUGGUGAACCCAGUGUUUACCAUGCUGUGGUGGUCAUCUUCUUGGAGUUCUUUGCAUGGGGUCUCCUUACCACCCCAAUGCUCACGGUAUUACAUCAGACAUUCCCCCAGCACACAUUCCUGAUGAAUGGGUUAAUUCAUGGUGUCAAGGGCCUGUUAUCGUUUUUAAGUGCUCCACUGAUUGGAGCCUUGUCAGACGUAUGGGGGCGCAAGUCCUUUCUGCUGCUUACAGUCUUCUUCACAUGUGCACCUAUUCCCCUAAUGAAGAUCAGCCCAUGGUGGUACUUUGCAGUCAUCUCCAUGUCCGGAGUCUUUGCCGUCACCUUCUCUGUGAUCUUUGCAUAUGUGGCUGAUAUCACACAGGAGCAUGAGAGAAGCACAGCCUAUGGUUUGGUAUCAGCUACCUUUGCGGCUAGUCUGGUUACCAGCCCGGCCAUUGGCGCGUAUCUGUCCACGCACUACAGUGACACCUUGGUGGUGAUCCUGGCCACAGCCAUCGCCCUACUUGACAUCUGCUUCAUCUUGGUGGCCGUACCAGAGUCGCUGCCUGAGAAGAUGAGGCCGGCAUCGUGGGGAGCGCCUAUCUCCUGGGAACAGGCUGACCCAUUCGCUUCUCUGCGUAAAGUGGGUCAGGACUCCACGGUGCUCCUCAUCUGCAUCACAGUGUUUCUCUCCUUCCUCCCAGAGGCCGGCCAGUACUCUAGCUUCUUCCUCUAUCUCAGACAGGUCAUUCACUUCUCAUUAGAGACUGUGGCUGCCUUUAUUGCUGUCUUGGGGAUCCUGUCCAUUCUCGCUCAGACGGUGGUGUUGGGAAUCCUGAUGCGUUCAAUAGGGAAUAAGAACACAAUCUUGCUCGGCCUUGGCUUCCAGAUCCUCCAGCUGGCGUGGUACGGCUUUGGCUCUCAGCCCUGGAUGAUUUGGGCGGCUGGAGCCGUUGCAGCCAUGUCCCACAUCACUUUCCCUGCCAUCAGCGCCAUCGUGUCCCGUAACGCAGACCCAGACCAACAAGGUGUUGUACAGGGGAUGAUUACAGGAAUUCGGGGCCUCUGUAGCGGUUUGGGCCCUGCUCUUUAUGGAUUCGUCUUCUACCUGUUCCACGUGGAGCUCGCGGACACUGAAGGCUCGGAGAAAGGUCCCAAACCCAACAUGGCCAACCCCACCGAUGAGAGUGCCAUCAUCCCCGGUCCUCCCUUCCUGUUCGGUGCGUGCUCAGUGCUGCUGUCUCUGCUGGUGGCCCUGUUUAUCCCAGAGCACACGGGGCCUGGCAUGAGGCCUGGUGCAUACAAGAAGCACAGCAACGGAGCACAGAGUCACUCCCACAGCCCCCAGGGCAGUGGGGCCGAGGGCAAGGAGCCCCUGCUGGAGGACAGCAGCGUAUAACCUCAGCCGAGGGGGGCACACACCCUCGCUCCACCCCUGAACCCCGGCACACAUGAACUGAUACACACGUUUGACCACAUGGACACAUGCACACUUCAGGCACAGUGUGUGCCUGAAAUUCAGGCACAGGUCGCACUGUUGUGCCAUGAUGAGGCGUUGGUGUCCACAGUACAAAAGUGAGCACUCGCUCCUUAGCAGCCCUUUUGAGUUCUCUUUAUGGAAAAACGUGUGUGUGUGUGUGUGUGUGUGUGUGUGUGUGUGUGUGUGUGUGUGUGUGUGUGUGUGUGUGUGUGUGUGUGUGUGUGUGUGUGUGUGUGUGUGUGUGUGUGUGUGUGUGUGUGUGUGUGUGUGUGUGUGUGUGUGUGUGUGUGUGUGUGUGUGUGUGUGUGUGUGUGUGUGUGUGGCUGAGCUGGACUUAUUCUUGGUUUCUACAACGCAGUAAUAGUGGAGCAUACAGUUGCCGCCCCCCGCCCCCCUCCUGGUGCAAAACAACUCAAGAGAUUUAGGAGUGAGAGUAAUAGCAGAUCUGAAAUGUUUCUAAAUCCCUGUGUGAACCCUGAAGCCAGUGAAGUGGCAACUUAGUCCAACGAGAGAAUAACAGUUAGCUGAGCACUUGUCUAACGGUAUUUCAUAAGCUAACUUCUGUUCUCAUGCCUGACGUUCUUCCUCUGGGAUGCUCAGCAUCUGAGAGACGAGUCUCUAUCCAGUUUUGGAGAUGUGUAACUGAGAUGAAGCAGCAAAGGGGUUCAUGUAAGAAGCUUCGUAAGACCAGAUAUCACACUUCUGUGAGAGGAGUGUUCAACAGAGACCACUUUAUUAGCUAAAGCAGUUUUUCAAUGUUUACUUGCCAUUCUCUAGAUACGUCGUACACUUUGGGCUGUAUAUUUUUCUCUGUCUGAACUAAAGUCAAGGUUUUUAAAUCGAAAAACAAAUGUUGCCUUGAAAAGACUUAAUAUAGACAUUACGUAACCUGUAUGAAGACCAAGGUCUGACGGAGGCUCUGUAAUCUUGUGCUAUCGCUCCCAUCGGAGCACUUACACUCUUCUUUUGUUUUCAUGUCCUUCCUGUGUCUUUGUUUCCAUUUAUUACCAUCAGGGUUAAAACUGCAGAACCCGUGGUUUUAUUUUGAAAGCUUUUGAGCUUUUGGAGGUAGAGCAGUGCUAUCAGCAUGUCGGUGUUGACACUGACCAUUAGUAUGAGGACGUUGAAAUAAUAUCACUAGGUUAAACACAAUAUCAGUCAUGCUGCUGCAGUAUGUAAGUCAAAGGUGAGCAAUGAUUGGAUUCUAUUCCAAUGAACUUAGUCCCUUAGUGCAGGUGGUUGGAAACCCCAAAAAGACAUAAAAAUGAAUGAACAGAUAAAAAUUUUCCUGCGGCUUUUAAUCCGUAUCGUCACCUGCCAUAGAAAUCUGCUGCUGUUGCUCUCCCAGCCAACAUGUGGCGCCGGUUGGACCUUUCCCUGUCACGGUUUUCAACAUUUUAGUUUGAACUUGCCUCUUAAGUCCAUUUAGACCAAAUAUGACGACAGCAUAUGUUUUGUGCCAAUUUUGUUUCUUGUUUUUUCUGUUUGUGCGCUUGAGUGAUUCAAAUAUUUUCUCUUUGUUUUUCUCUUGUCUUAAUUUCUUUGACUUUAGGUUUUAAUGCUAUUAAAUAUAGCCUUUUAAAACUUUUUCCAUAACGUGGCUAGAUGGGAAAUAACCGAAUGUCCAUCUAUUUCUUUUCGAUCUUGGUCUUCAUUUAGAAACAAGCAUUUCACUUUAAGUUCCAUUUGAUGCUCUUAUUUUGCCCAGCUUUACUAGUGGAUCAUAACAAGGUGAAUGUUCCGAGCCCGGCAGUAGAUGUUGACCACACUAAGCUCAACAUCGUCACCUCACCUGUCAUUGUUUUAUUGUAUCAGAGGGGAUGUUACCGAACAAGAGGCUGUUGACAUAAUCUCUGAAUUUAAAUAUAUAUUUGCAUUAUCAUUUAUUGAACAAAUUGGUUGGAUUCUGCACCAGCUCCUUGUGCGCCCCCACAGCUUCCAUGCAAACAAGCAAUGUACAAACGUCACCUGUACGUAAUGAAAAUGUAUAUAUUUAUUGCUCAACGUGAGAGCCUCUUGGGUUGUUUGGUGCAGUUACUAUAUAUUUCUCAACUUACCUGCUAGCCACUCCUGUUUUAUUACGUGGUUUGUGGCCUGAAUCCCCCUCUCUGUGUGCCUAAAAUUAGCCAAGAAAGGAGAAUGGCAACAUAAGUAAACGGUGGUUAUUAUGUAAAUAUGGGAAACUAAUGAUAAACUUAUUUAUUAAAGGUUUAUUGUACAAUGAAA